CUAAAGGCUUAUGCCUUCACGACGUAAGGAGCAAAAACAAAAUACCCUUUCCAUCGAUAGAGACAUCGCCCGACCAAAGACAAUGUCCCAAAACGAUCUAGUCAGCCUGCAGGCAACUGCUAUAGAUGACGCGCCUACCAUGACCAGUUCAAGAGGAAGGUCACAGGACUUCGUUCCUCUAGAUCUUUCAGUUCGCCAGGUCCUGCCCAUGGAUUCCCUAUUCGGGAAUCUCCGGAUCUAUGCUUCAGAUACCCGUUUUGGUCUCCUUUGGAGGUCUGACGACUUGGUCGCGUUGAAGGGUAUAGAUUUCAAACCAGCCUACGCGGAAAUCUUCCUAGCUGUAACCGGAGGCAGAUCAAGGAUCUUGGAUCUUGACUACCUCUUAAACCUGAAGAAGAGCGUCACAGAAUCCAUUCGGGAUUCCACUAAGCGAUUCUUAGCUUCAGCCCUUCGGGUUGACAACUGCAACGAGCAGCCAGCAGUGGUAGCCUACAAGAAAGGGCUACCCGUAGAGUCCAAGCUCUACCAGUCUCUGGUCAAGAAUCGACCAGAGACCCUUUAAGGCCCUCCCCAACAGCUGUCCCAAUGAAUAUGCAUCUUUGACUAAACGGUUAAUAGAAAUAUUCUUAAUGAACCUUUAGUGGGAUG